AUGGAUGAAAGUGAUAGUCAAAUAAGAACAUCUAGAUUCUAUCAGAUUAUAAGAAACAAAGUUAUUCUGAAACUUAUCAUUGAUUUCUUAACGACGUCCGGCUCGAAAAAGUAUGAUGAAAUCGACACUGCACAAUGGAUUUGUGAGAAGGGUUUCUAUGGACUGCUAAGAGACAAAAUUCUAAAGAAAAAGCAACCACUUACCUACACUAAAGAAGCGCUCGCCUUGAUAUGUGCACACGUCAGAGAGCUAGCGGUGUUCGAACCGAUCUGCCAAGCCAACUGGGAAUACAUGGCGGUAUCGGGUAUCGAUCAGGCAGCGACCACCGGUAAUCUCGAGGUAAUCAAGAGUGAGGGUGCGACAGUCGAAGCAGUCAAUAACGCCGCGGCAGAAGGACGCCUCGACAUUGUACGGUGGUUGCUUGACAAUCGUACAGAAGGUGGUUCGACACGAGCCAUUGACAUGGCUUCAGAGUUUGGUCGGUUUGAAGUCGUCAAAUAUCUCACCGAAAAGAAACUGCCUGCUACCAUUCAUGCCAUGAACUACGCAGCCUACAAAGGCUACAUUGACAUUAUUGAUUAUGCUUGUAUUAAUGGAAAUUUGGAGAUGGUUAAGUUUAUUUCAGAGAAUAGAACAGAGGGAUGUACAAAAUCAGCAGUUGAUAACGCAGCGAAAAUAGGUAAUUUAGAGUUAUUAAAAUAUUUGCACAAGAAUAGAACGGAAGGAGGAUCACAUAAUGCUCUUACAUUUGCAUGUCUUGGCAACAAUAUCGAUAUCAUAAAGUUUUUGAAAGAGGAAUGCAAUCAAGUUGGCACUUCUGCUUGUUUCCUCUACGCUUGUCAGAGAGGUAAUCUCGAGAUCAUCAAAUACCUAACCGAGAAGGAAUUUCCAUACGAUAGAAGAGCAAUAGAGCGUGCGGCACAAUAUGGUCACUUCCCUGUAGUAGAAUAUCUUCAUGUCAAUAGAACUGAUCCAACCACUGUCGAUGCAAUGAACUUGGCAUCUUUAAGAGGAUUCUUUGAUAUCGUUCAAUUUUUACAUAAUAAUAGAAGUGAAGGUUGUACAGUAAAGGCAAUGGAUUUUGCGAUUGAGUUUGGACAUUUGGAUGUCUUACAAUUCUUACACAGCAAUAGAACAGAGGGAUGUACUGCAAACGAGGCAGUUCAAUAUGCAGUUGGAUCAAGGAAUAUCGAUAUAGUCAAGUUUGUUAUUGAGAAAAGACCAGAGUGUGUUUUGGAGGCUAAACCAUGCCGAUUGGAAGUAUUACAACCAGAGAUACAUGAAUAUCUAAAUACUAUUAGAGCAAAGAGAGGUGUAACAAACACAACAACAACAACAACAACAACAACAACAACAACAACAUCAUAG